GCUGAAUCUACUCUGCAGCCGGUGCACGUGGAUGGCCAAGAGGAGGCAGCCGGGGAGGAGGGGGUUUCUCCUCCCUGCACCAGCAGGAUCCUGCCCCUGGAAGGUUAAAUCUCCCCUGGUCUGCAGCAGCCUCCACUUCAGAUCAGCUGUCGCUGCUUGGUCCUUGGAAACGGUGUCUCCUUCUGCAUUAACUCCUCUGCUCCUGUCUCCUUCCAGCAGUGGAGAUCAGACUAGCGUCUGGUGCUUCUUUUACUUCUCAGCCUUUAACCAUUCUGUUCUUGGAAGGGGAAGGGAGAGAGGAAGGAAGGGGGGACCAGCCCGAAAUUCCCCCCCGAGAGAAGUUGUUGAGAAAUCAGCAUCACCCCCUUGCUCAUCUUGUGACUCAGUGGCCCUGGCACGCUCUGCUCCUGAGCCUGGGAGGAUGGUGACGGUAGUAACCAGGUUGGUACACUACCUUCAUCUCAGUCGCAGAUCAGGCCAAUAUUCCAUGAACCAUGAAAACACCACAAAAGCCACAGGCAGGCCACCAUUUGACCGAUCCAAUUCCCAGGACUCUUUGGAAGAGACAUCUAUGGAGGAUUAUUGGACAGAAUUGGAAAACAUCAAGAAGUCUAGGGAAAAUCAACAUGAAGAACAAGAGGUGGUUGUUAAAGAGCCUGAUGAGGGAGAAUUAGAAGAGGAAUGGCUCAAAGAGGCUGGUUUGUCCAAUCUCUUUGGUGAGAGUACAGGAGAUUCUCAGGAGAGCAGGCUGCUUUUGUCCACUCUGACUCGGACCCAGGUAGCUGCGGUGCAGAAGCGAGUAGAGACCGUUUCUCAGACACUGAGGAAGAAAAACAAGCAGCACCAGAUCCCGGAUGUUAGAGACAUCUUCACACAGCAGACAGAGCUGAAGGAAAAUGUUCCAGAUGGGAGUGAGUCACAGUCUGUCGGAACAAAUGAAAAUAAAGAAGCUACAGAGGAUGAUCAGGCAUCUGACUUAAGUGUCAGGGACAAGGAUAAUCCCCCUGGCCCGAGUGAGGUCUCUAUUUCUGAAACUGACAUCAACUUGGAGAUUUCAUUCGCCGAGCAAGCAUCCCAACUGAAAGAGGAGCUGAAAGACAGAACACAGAUACACAGACAAGAUACUCUAUUACCGAAUUUUCGUCUGCAAAAGCACAAAACGGGUAACACAAAAAUUGGUGACCUCGCAUCCCAGGACAUGAAGAAGGUCUGCUACUUAUCAUUGAUUGAGUUGACAGCUCUUUAUGAAGUACUUGGGGUCGAACUGAAGCAACAGAAAGCCAUGAAGAUCAAAACUAGAGAUGCCGGCCUUUUUGGCAUUCCACUGUCAGUAUUGCUGGAACAGGAUCAGAAGAAAGUCCCAGGCACAAGGAUACCGCUGAUCUUUCAGAGACUGAUUUCCCGGAUUGAAGAAGGAGGGCUGGAAACUGAAGGUCUUCUACGAAUACCUGGAGUUGCAGCAAGAAUAAAGAAUCUUUGCCAAGAACUGGAAGCAAAGUUUUAUGAAGGGACAUUUAAUUGGGAAAGCGUAAAGCAGCAUGAUGCCGCCAGCCUCCUGAAGUUAUUCAUUCGAGACCUGCCCCAGCCGUUGCUCAGUGUGGAAUACCUCAGAGCUUUUCAGGCUGUGCAGCAGCUACCAACCAGGAAGCAGCAGCUCCAGGCUUUGAAUCUUCUUGUCAUCCUCCUUCCUGAAGCCAACAGAGACACACUGAAGGUUCUGUUGGAAUUCCUCGAAAGAGUAAUAGAUCAUAAGGAGAAAAACAAAAUGACAGCAAGGAAUGUAGCCAUGGUAAUGGCCCCAAACCUUUUCAUGGGCUAUGGUUUGGGCCUGAAGGUGAACGAACAAAGUGAGUUUGGCAUGGCAGCAGGGACUGCACAUACCAUGCACUACCUGAUUACAUACCAGAAGCUUCUUUGGACGAUUCCAACAUUUAUUGUAGCCCAAGUAAGGAAGCAAAAUACUGCGAACAACAAAAAAGACAAAAAAGACAAGGCUAUGAAGAAACUGCUGAAGAAGAUGGCUUAUGACCGUGAAAAACAUGAAAAGCAAGACAAGACGCUCAGUGAUGCUGACGUCCCUCAGGGAGUGAUACGCGUGCAGGCGCCCCAUCUUUCAAGAGUUUCCAUGGCGAUCCAGCUGACGGAGGACCUGAAAGCCAGCGAUGUUCUUGCCAGGUUUCUUAGCCAGGAGAGUGGAGUUGUCCAAAUGCUCAAGAAAGAAGAAGUGUUCUUGUAUGAAAUAGGAGGAAAUAUCGGUAAGAAGUGUUUAGCAGAUGACACUUACAUGAAGGACUUGUACCAACACCCGAAUGCCGAAUGGAUUAUAAAGUCCAAGCUUCUUAGGUGUCCCCCAAACCAUGGCUGCCCUUUUGGAUGAGACCACACUUAACCGAUGGGUUAAAGUGAUGAGGGUUGGGAUUCUUUUUCAUUCAAGGUCACCCCCCCGCCUUAAUUAUUAUAGUGGUCCCCAUGUUUGAC